AACCGUUGAAAAUGUGCUGAAGAGCUACUUUACUUUCACUUUGGAGGAUUCAAAUACAGCAGCAUGACGCACGGCGCCGUAAUCGUCUAUCUUUAUGUUCUUGUUUUCAGUCAGAGAGCUCUAACGGCUCUGAUUCAAACACAGCAGACUGUGAUGGCCGCAGUGGGAGAGCAGGCCUGCUUAAAGUGUCAGCUUGUGAAAUAUAAGGAUGUCCUUCAAGUCACCUGGCAAAAGGUUUUACCAGAUGGAGAGAUGAAUGUCGCGACCUACAACCGAUACGGUGAAAGAGUGAACCCUGGUUUUCAGGGUAAAGUGGAGUUUAAAGAUGCUGGACUUCAGGACAGCUCCAUAGUGAUCAAAGAGGUGACGGAGCAGGACGAAGGCUGCUAUCGCUGCUUGUUUAACACCUACCCUGAUGGUGCUCUGAUAUGUUCAACCUGCAUCAAACUCUAUGAGCUGCAUGGACCCUUUCUACAUAUCAAAGAGUCUAACUCCUCUGAUGAAGUCAUCGUGUCCUGCUCGGCUACAGCUCGACCUGCUCCCACUGUGACAUUAAAUGUCCAUAAUCACAACUCCUCUACCCACAGUGACCACAACACAAACGGCACGGUCACUGUCACCACUACAGCUGUGCUGCAGCGUCUCAAUGACAACAGCACACAAGUUGAAUGUGCAGUUCAAGUGCCCUCAGUUCCUCCAAAACUGGUGUUUGGGACGAUUUUUGAGGCCAAACAGCCGUCUACUGAUGGUUUUAGGGCAGAAUCUGAGUCUGAUAGCAUGGUUUACAUGCGGAUAGUUGUGGCUUCAAUCAUUGUAGGAGUUGUCUGUGUGGCCCUUGUUUCUCUCUGGUGGUGUGUGCAUAAAUGGAGCAGACCUCACAUGGACCCUGAGGAGAUCAAAACACCACUUAAGCCUCAGGACUAUCACAGCACCACAACACCUUUAUGCCAACAACACAACGAGCAGACGGGCACAAGGCAGCGCAUGUCUACUGUGAAAAAGGAAAAACAUGACUCGCAAAAGGCAUCGUCUCCCAAAGAUGGAUGUAAAAAAAAACUCUUUUGUGAUUCAGAGUAACCUACAGCUGAUAAAAUGAAGAGGGACUUAAACACUCUGGCUCAAUCAUGAUGAUGCAUACCCAGUUUUCUUCUGAUCCGGUUUUUUUGGGGGGGCAUUUAUGCUUUUCUUGAUGUAGGAGGACAGUGGACAGAAUCAGAAACAUGGAUGAAAGAGCUGGGGAGAGACAUGUGACAAAGUGCCACAGGCCGGAUUCAAACCUUGGCCAACCGCAUACAUGGGGCACGCCGCAAACCACUAGGCCAUCUGUGCUCCUGUUUGAAUCUUUAAAAAAAAAAAUUACAAUAUGCACACUAAACUUGUAAAUAUUUUAAAAAUGGGUUGAUGGUGGUGCAUUGUGUAAACUGAUAAAUAAUGGCUGUGUGAACUAAACUACUGUGUAUGAAGCUAUGAUGAAUUGUUUUAUUAUCAUAUUUUAAAAUGUAGUUUUUUAAGUUUGUUUUUUUAGUUGUUUUUUAAGAUGGUAAGGAGUUAACUAGGGAAAACCAGGGUUUUUGUUCUCCUAAGAAAGCACAUAAAAUUGACUUGUCACAGAAAUAUGUGAAAUAUUCUUUAUUUUUUCCAAAGGGUUGAUCAGAGAUCUCAUAGAUGUCAUAUUAUGAUUAAAAUGUAAGCUUUGUAACACCUAAAAUGUUUUAUAAGGCUGCAUUAAUGACUCAUAGAAAAUGUAUAAUGAUAAUGAAAUUGUAAAUGCAA